UUCUGCCACCUCCGUACAAAAAAAUGCCCGGGAGACCAAAGAAAAACAGGAGGAAGGAUCCUGAUGAGGAGCCUAAAAAGGAUCCACGCUUUGCUAGAAAAGGAGUGGCAAUGACAUGUCGUCAUUGCCUUACGGAAGGACACAACAAACGUGGCUGUCCAGACAAGAACAAAGCUCCUGCUGCUAGGCCUGCAAAGCGUGCAAAGGGUCGACCAAGAGGACCACAAUGGGUUGACAAAUCUGUUAGUAGAGGCACCCCUUCAUCUGCAACGAUGAAGAAACAGAGGAAGGAAGAAUUACUUCAACGUACAAUUGCUGCACAGAGAAAUGCCUCUACUUCUGAGCAACGAGCUGAAAUUCAUACGGUGUUGGAAAAUCAGGUGGUGCAAGCCGAAGGAAUCAGAAUAAACACGCGUUCAGGAUUCGUAUAUUCAAAGCCUGCUACGAAUGACGGAGUGAGGUAUGUUAGCGGAGCUGUGGCGACAGCUGCUGCAGUCAGAGAUCAACGUCCACCAACCUCUACUUGCAUUUCAUCUCAACAAGGAUCAACAACCACGUGUGAUCCCCAACGACCAAGCUCUGUUAUGUAUAAGUCUACCGCGUCACAAGCUGCUACUCCUAGAAUUGGCAAACUGCCACUAAAGAAGGGAAAGAAGAAAGCUUAGGAGCAACUAGGAGCUCCUUUUUUUGGGUAUAGAUAGCAUAGGUGAAGUAAAAACCUUGCAUUUUUUGGGUAUAGAAAGCAUAGGUGAAGUAAAAACCUUGCAUUUUUUGGGUAUAGAUAACAUAGGUGAAGUAACACCCUUGCUUUUUUGGGUAUAGAUAGCAUAGGUGAAGUAAAACCCUUGCUUUUUUGGCUAUCGGUUAAUGUAAAUUUUUUAUGCCGAUGUUAGCGUA